UGUGGUCCCGGGGAAAGGAUUACGGAAGAGAAAAGCGCUGAGUCGCCUCUUCCCUGCCAGCUUCUCUGGACUGUUCGCACGCCCCAUAUCGGGCAACCCCUAUCUUGGGACACCCUGCACCUACGGCAAGCAGGCAGGAGGUCAGGCGCGGUAAUUUCCGUUUCCGGUGGGCAAAGGGCAAGCGGAAUGUAAACACGGGACCCGGGGAGUGGUCAUCAGAAUGGCUUCCUUUGGAUGGAAAAGGAAGAUUGGUGAGAAGGUCUCAAAGGUCACUUCCCAGCAGUUUGAAGCUGAAGCUGCUGAUGAGAAGGAUGCAGUUGAGAAUGAUGAAGGGAACUGGCUUCAUGCCGUUAAACGGAGGAAAGAAAUUCUCCUUGAAGGCUGUGCUGAGAAGAGUAAACAGCUGAAGGACGAAGGAGCCACUUUGGCUGAAAAUAAAAGAUACCGAGAGGCGAUUCAGAAGUGGGAUGAAGCACUACAGUUAACCCCAAAUGAUGCUACCCUGUAUGAGAUGAAAUCACAGGUCCUAAUGUCUCUUCAUGAAACGUUCCCAGCAGUUCAUGCUGCAGAAAUGGCUGUCCAGAGAAAUCCACAUUCAUGGGAAUCUUGGCAAACUUUGGGACGUGCUCAGCUUGGAUUAGGAGAGAUAGUCUUGGCAAUUCGAAGUUUUCAAGUAGCCCUUCACAUCUAUCCAAUGAACCCUGAAAUAUGGAAAGAAGACCUUUCUUGGGCAAGAACGCUCCAGGAGCAGCAGAAGGUAGCACAGAGGAUUAAAAAAAGUGAAGCACCAGCAGAGGUAACACAUUUCUCACCAAAGUCAAUUCCUGAGUAUGACUUUGAAAGUGAGGAGAUUGUAGCUGUUUGUGCAGCUAUUGCUGAAAAACAGAAGACAGUUGCAGCAGAUAAAACAAUGGUUAUUGUGUCGGCUUCUGGGACUGUAGAGACUGUGACUGAGAAGGAAGACGGUGCUGCUCCACCAGAUGGCUCUGUUUUUAUCAAAGCCCGAUAAAGCUUAGCAGGAAUCAUUUGAAUCUAUCUUUGCCACCUAAAUUUUAGCCGUUGGGGCAUUUAGAGAAACAGGGCAAAACUCCUGUUUGUAAAAUAAGUUUUUCAGAUGAGGCAUAUGAAAACUAAAUGGAAGAAUUAUUGUGUAGUGUUUGGACUCUGCUUUGAUAAGCUAUGAUUUCAGCUUCUUAAGAUUAAAAUUCUGAGUACAGUGGUUUUUUGAUUAAUAAGCUUAAUUUAAUCCAAAUAUAUAAGUGAAUGCAUUUUAAAGAUACAACUUGAAAAGUAAAUUCUCAAAUAGUGAAUAACUUGAUGGCCAGUGUUAUUAAAAUAUUGACUUGUUGGCUUUUAUGAUAAAGGAAGUAGGCUUCUUGCCCUGCUAGAAAUACCCUGCUGUUACUGUUCACUCUUCUUUUUCUCUUCUUUCAUUAGAGUAAGUCUGUUACAAAGCUUGAAUGUUUUUGACAUUCAUUUUGAUUCAAAGUUGUCAUUUGGUUAUGUGUGGGAUCCUUGAAAGUUUGACUGAAAAUGCAUGCAAAUGUGUACAUUCUGAAUAUUUUCUGAAGUUUCUCUUAAUUCUGAUUUGUGCUUUUGUUUUGACUUUAUAAUUAUUUAUAACAAUGGUAGUUGCUAGUUUCAGUAUUUGUUAGAUGUGUGAAAUACUGAUAAAUGUCAGAAUCAUGGUUUUAUUUUUUAAAUUAUUAAAGUAGAUAGAGUAGUCCUUAGUACCAAGUGAGUCAUUUUUAAGAUGUGCAUUUUUUAAAACGAAUGGCUCUUAUAGAUACAUCAUAACAAAUUGCACUGCUGUUGUCCCAGUCAAAAGCAGUUAUUUUCUUUUCCUUAUUUUUACAAGAUUAAAACCCUUGAAAAUAACUUAUCUCUUGAUAUAACUUUCCAGCUGAUGGUUUGGAAUUCCUUUUCUAGUUAACUCUUCUGGAACUACUCAGUGAAAUGAGAAACAAUCACAGUUUUAAAUAGCUAAAUUAUACCUUUCUAAAAAUUGGAGAAAAAAAAAGUAGAGAUUUAUUGAAGUGCCAAUGAAUGAAUACCUUAGGCACAACAUACAUAGAAAAUGAAAUGUGAUUUAUGGUUCAGUCCCAUGAGUAGAAAGGAUAUAUUGCAGAAUAUAUUUCAUUGAAAGGCCACAGUCACAUCCACAAGUCAAUACUGUCAUUGCUAAUAUUAAUUGUUAUUUUUAUGCCACAUAUAUGUUAGUACAGUAGAACUGCUGUGUACUGUUACUUCUGAAACUCAGGAAGCUAUUAUUGGUUUAAAAUUAAUUUUAUCCUUGUUAGAGAGGAAGUAAGUUAUUUUAAAGAAUCUCACCUUACCCUCUGAGGGCAUGUACAUGUAAUACUGUACAUUUUUCUGAGAUAAUUUAAAAACAUUUCUUUUAGUCGAAUGCUUACCUCUUUUUUUCAGAGUUGGAGAAGCCAGCACUUACCUUGGAAAGUAUUAUAUUUUUUCCCUAAGGUUGUAUCAGAAAGUUAGCUCUGGUUAAAGAAGUUAGUUUUAGAAAGACCCAAAAAACAAAUAUUAAUUAUAUUUUAUUUUGUUUAAUAAGGUAUAUUCUCAAAGGGCAGAUAGUUGGGUAUCUAGAGAAGUGAGCACUUACUAUUUUGUAUGUUGUUUUGAGUAAUGGAUGUGUAUUGUAUAAUUUGUGAAUAAAUAGGUUUUUUCUGCAUUUAAAGGUUUGCCUAUUAUUUUGUGUUGUUAGCUUUUGAAAAAUUAGAUUGAUUUAUUUAAUUCAUUUCUUAUGUGAAAAUAAAAUAUGUAAGGCACCUUGUAUGGUGUCUUGUGUAUGAAGUACUCAGUAAAUGCUAGCUAUUUCUAUGAAGAACUUGCAUUGGUUUUAUUUAACCUCACUUUCUUCUGAUUUUAAGAAAGGAGGAGAACUUCUUUGUAAUCUUUUCCUUUCGUGAAAGUGAGAAGUCACUACUUCUGAUACUGUAGAACAGAUGGCUUUCAGUUGAGGACUCUUCUUGGUGUAAGGUCUAUAUCUCAACCCAAAAGAAGCAAGACCCAGGAUGGAGUGCAUGUAGCCACUAAAUUCUGUUUAUGAACCUAGCGUUUCCUCUGUAUUGACAUCAGUAGGCCAGGUUUGUCUCUUCCUUACACAGAGAUAAGACAUAAGAUGGUUUAGAUGCAAGACGGAGGAGAGAAAGAAAUAGUGAAUUAUACAGAAGGAAGGCAGCUCAUUUCUUCAGGCCCCAAAAGAUGCUUAGCUAACACUCUUCUGUGUGUGAAGAGAAGAAUGCAUACAUUAUUUUAUAAGGAUGUGAAUACCGAUAGAUCUUUACCAAGCUUGGUAACUAUAAUAGCAAAUUCUUUUGAAUCUGAGAGAAAAACAAUUGAUGUUCAUGAUAAAGAUAUAAUCAAAUAUAUUUAAUAUACUUUCUGAAACAGCACUAAACACUAACAUUAUAUUGAACAUAGUUUGUAGUAUUCUUGUUUGAAAAUUGUAUGGCAUAGACACUCAUUAGUCAGAACACUACACAUCCAGACCAUGCCUGAUGAUUUGAGAAUCAUAUAUUAUUCUCUAGACAACGGGUUCUUUUUGUUGUUGUUGUUUGGCCGCACCAGUGGCACGCGGGAUUUUAGUUCCCCGAUGAGGAGUCGAACCCGCACCCCCUGCAGUGGGAGCACAGAGUCUUAACCACUGGACUGCCAGGGAAGUCCCGACAACAGGUUCUUAGAUUAUAGAGUAUUUAUCUUAAAUGUGCUAAACAUUGAAAAGUCAUGCAAGGUAUAAAUCACAGAACCUGGAUCUACUUUUUUUUUUUUUAAUUUAAUUUUAUUUAUUUUUUUAUACAGCAGGUCCUUAUUAGUCAUCCAUUUUAUACACAUCAGUGUAUACAUGUCAAUCCCAAUCGCCCAAUUCAUCACACCACCACCACCACCACCACCCGCCAUUUUCCCCCCUUGGUGUCUAUACGUUUGUUCUCUACAUCUGUGUCUCAAUUUCUGCCCUGCAAACCGUUUCAUCUGUACCAUUUUUCUAGGUUCCACAUAUAUGCACUAAUAUACGAUAUUUGUUUUUCUCUUUCUGACUUACUUCACUCUCUAUGACAGUCUCUAGAUCCAUCCAUGUCUCUACAAAUGACCCAAUUUCAUUCCUUUUUAUGGCUGAGUAAUAUUCCAUUGUGUAUAUGUACCACAUCUUCUUUAUCCAUUCGUCUGUCGAUGGGCAUUUAGGUUGCUUCCAUGACCUGGCUAUUGUAAAUAGUGCUGCAAUGAAGAUUGGGGUGCAUGUGUCUUUUUGAAUUAUGGUUUUCUCUGGGUAUAUGCCCAAUAGUGGGAUUGCUGGAUCAUAUGGUAAUUCAAUUUUUAGUUUUUUAAGGAACCUCCAUACUGUUCUCCAUAGUGGCUGUAUCAAUUACAUUCCCACCAACGGUGCAAGAGGGUUCCCUUUUCUCCACACCCUCUCCAGCAUUUAUUGUUUGUAGAUUUUCUGAUGAAGCCCAUUCUAACUGGUGUGAGGUGAUACCUCAUUGUAGUUUUGAUUUGCAUUUCUCUAAUAAUUAGUUGGAUCUACUUUAAUUGGAGCCUAUGUACAAAAUUUUAUGGUACUCACGUACGAAAUCAGCUUUUAAAUUGAUGUUGUAUGUCAAAACUAUAAUGAAGACUUUAAAUUAAAAAAAGGUUUGUUUCAGAAAACUAGAGUUUCCAGGAUUAUAACUAACAUUACAUUAUAUACUUUAUGUAAUGAUGUCAAAAGCUUGUUUCCCUUCCUUUCCCAGCAGUAGGAAAUUGUCAGUCAUUUCUUUAAUUUCAGGUUUCAUGAGUCAGAAGCCUUCUAAAUUGACUCUGGACUUUGAUUUCAUGACAUACAUGUAUCUAAAUGAGCUGUGAGUUGACACAAAAACCAUAGUUCUAUAAUUAUCUUCAAAUCAUUAGGUAUAUUAAGUGUGUUUUUCCUCAGAGGUUAUUAUGAAACUGAUGGUGUAUUUUGUAAUUGAUGACAUUUUAGGAUUGAGAAAGUAAGAUUUUUCUUUUUUUAACCAAUAAUAAAAUACACAUGUUUAUAAAUGAUUUACUCAUUACCAAAGUAAAAUGAAAUGUGUCACUUCUGCCACAUGCAGUUAAGUAUGUCCACUUGAAUGGAAGAGAAGGGAUGGCCCUAUAGCCAGUGUACCAUGAAUUGUGCCUUAAUGUGUGUUGUGUGUGAACCUCACUUGCUGUGUGUGCAGGGUGGAAGAAAGGAUGAGAAAUGCUGGUCUACACUUUGUUGGGAAGGCAGAGGGUGGGGAUGGUGCUGCUUUGGACAGCCAUUAACCAAGAAAUUGCAAUCUCUUCCUUCCCUCCCCUCUCCCACCUCACCAGUAAAGGGAGUUUAAGAUAAAGAACUGGACAUACAGCCCC